UUUUCAUUAGAAAACUCACUGUCCAUGCCAUAUCCUGCUGACUUGAAGGCUUUUUUGAAUAACAUUGGUUUGUCAAAAUACUAUCCAGUUUUGGAAAGCCAGGAUAUUGAUUUGGAUGUGUUUUUAACACUGGAUGAAAGCGAUCUCGAGAAAGCAGGAAUCAAGCUCAUUGGUCCGAAGAGGAAGAUGUCGGCAGCUAUUAGCAGGUGGCACAAAAAUGCUCCCUUGAUUGGUACUCCUGAAGAACAGGUGUAUGCAAACUAUAUGAGUAACCAAGUAGAAAAACUGGAACAGGAACUAGAGAAG